AUGUCGUCGCCCUACACCACCACGCCCGAUGCGCGGUCGCGCGGCAAGGUGCGAAUGGAUCCACUCGCCGCUUCGUCGCGCUCCGGCAGCACGGGAUCGAGCUCGCUGCUCGGUUUCCCCAUCCCCACGGACCUGCUGCUCGGCCUGCUGCUCAACAAGACGCUGCUCGCCUCGGCGGCGCUGCUCGUGCGCUCAUGGCUCUCGUCCACCCACACCGAGACCAUGCAUUCCGUGCUUGCGUCCGACGUCUCACCCGCGGGGACCUCGUCCGACCUCACAUCGUCGAUCGGCACAACGAUGGCGGCAAGAGCGGGCCCCAGCUCAUGGGCCAUCGCCACGCUGGUGUUUUUCAUCGCGGCCCUUGUGCAGGGGGUGUGGUUCAAGGCAUGGCAGUGGCUGCCUGCGGUUAACCGCGUGGAUAAGCGUAGGCUGUCAAUUCUCGCCGCCAUCACGUUUGCACAGUUGCUCGUGUGGCUCAUGGCGCUGCGCAAGCUGGAUGCGGUCAACGUGAUCAUCUUUACGCAGUACUGCGAGAUCUGGGCGGUGGAUCUUGCAAAGAGCUUAGGGGGUAGGAGCUACGGCGGCUACACGACGCUCUUUGCGCUCGCCAUCUCGUUUCUCUCGUCCAUCUCCAACUCGGCGUCGCUGCCGUCGUCGACGCUCGAGUACUCGGCGCAUAUUCUCGACAUGUAUGCGGAUGCAGAUCUGCCCGACAGCCUGAGGCGCAAUCGUCCGGCGGGGCUUGCGUCGCCGUCGCAGCUUCGUGCAGCUUCGGCGGCGGUAGAGGCUUCGGCCGCCAGCUUCAGCGUGUUAGGCACGCUUACUGGACACGCCUUCCUGCUCGUCUUUGCGCUGCUCACCAUCGAAAGGGAGAGCGCGCUGCUCAGCGCGAGCAGAGACACGGGCGGUCGGAGGAGGGCGGGUAUUGUGGCGACCAUCGUGGCGUCUGCGUUUACGCUGCCGGCGUCGCUGCUGCUGAGGCUGUUUGGCUUUUCGACGCUCCCCUCGCUCGACUCGCUGCUGGCCUCGACGACGGGAAGCACCACGACGAGCGUGGGCCACCUUCCCGCCUACCUCGCCAUCAGCUUCGGCGCGGUCAUUCUCGAGCCACUCGUGAGCACCUCGAUCGAAUCGCACGCGUCCACCAAGGAUCGCGUCGCGCACGGUUGGCCGCUCGCCGUGCUGGCGUCGUUCGCCAUUGGCUUUGUUGGAUUUGGCUAUCGUCCGCUGUGGUCCCAGAUUGUGGUUGCGCUGCUUGUGGGUCAGGCGCUCCGCACCAUCCUCAAGAACUCGCCCGAUCACGCUUCGUCGCGCUUCAGCUCGUCUGGCGCCGAGACGGAGGCGACACGGUCCGGCAAUGUGGCGGGGAAGACGUCCGAUGUUUCCGCGUUGCAGGAGCUGGUCGAGUCGAUGUCGUCGGCUGCGACGGCCACGCGACGCACGGUCAAGGUGAUUCUGGCCAACCCGGACUCGCGCAAGAUCUUCCAGUUCCUCAUGCUCAACCUCGCCUUCAUGGGUGUGCAGCUGCUGUGGGGAGUGUGGACCAACAGUCUGGGCCUGAUCAGCGAUGCCAUCCACAUGUUCUUUGACUGCGCAGCCAUCGGGAUGGGCCUGUUUGCGAGUGUCAUGGCGACUUGGCCUACGGAUUCCACCUUCACCUACGGCUACGGACGCGUCGAGACGCUCAGCGGCUUUGCCAAUGGCAUCUUUCUCAUCCUCAUCUCGAUCUUUAUCGUGUUCGAGGCGGUGCAGCGCAUCAUCGAGCCGCCGGUGAUGAACAGCAAUACGCAGCUGCUGAUUGUCAGCAGCAUGGGUCUGGCCGUCAAUCUGUUUGGUAUGUGGGCCACCGGCGGUCACCACCAUCACGGCCACUCGCACGGCCACGGCCACGAUCACGGUCAUGGGCAUGGUCACGGACAUGACCACGGCCACGGCCAUUCGCACAACAUGAUGGGCGUGUACCUGCACGUCAUGGCCGACACGCUGGGUUCGGUGGGCGUGAUCAUUAGCACGCUGCUGAUCGGACAGUUUGGAUGGACGGGCUUCGAUCCGAUCGCAUCGCUCUUCAUUGCCUUUAUGAUUGUGGGCUCGGUGAUCCCACUCGUGCUCGAGUCUGGGCGCAUCCUGUGUCUGGAGGUGGGGGAGCAUCGCGAGGCUGAGAUGAGCGAGGCGCUCGAGGCUCUGCGCAGCAUCAACGGCGUCGUCUCGUACCAUUCGCCGCGCUUCUGGCCCAAGGACGCAGAGACGCUCGUGGGCGUCAUCCGCGUGCAGGUGGUGUGGCCUCUGCACGGCGAGCAUGCGCAUGCGCAUAGCCAUGAUCACAAGCACGACCACGAUCACAAAUACGAUCAUAGACACGGCCACGACCAUAGUCACGGCCACGCGCACCACGAUCAUCGUGGUCACGAUCAUGGACACGACCAUGGACACAACCACGGACACGACCACGGACACGGACACGCCCACGCGAGCGAGCACGACUCGAGCACGGCAGCCACACCCGAGGCGAUGGCGCGACAGAUCGAAAACGUACUCAAGGCCCGCAUCCACGGCCUGGACAGCGUUGCCGUGCAGCUGGAAAAGGUGGCGGGUGGUGCGACUGGCACAGGAUCGCCCGGAGGCGCCACGCCCAUGUCGGCAUCGCCUUCGUACAGCAGCGCCUACGAGGGCAGCCCAUUGGCUGUGCGCAGCAACGGCGCCCAUGGCCUGUCACCCAUCACGGCGCAUCGCCAUCAUCAUUAA